UAGAAUGGCAAUGUUUACUUUCAGAUAAGUUUUCAAAACUAAAUAUUUUUAGUUGGCAACGCAAGUGAAAGUUGUCUGUUCUGUAAAAAUGUUAAAUAUGGAUGAGAAUCAAAUGCAAGACAUUUGCCGGGUUUGUAGAUCAGAGGCUACUCCAGAAAAGCCUUUAUAUCACCCAUGCAUUUGUACUGGGAGUAUUAAAUUUAUUCAUCAAGAAUGCUUAUUACAAUGGCUCAAGUAUAGUAGAAAAGAAUAUUGUGAACUCUGUAAUCAUAGGUUCUCAUUUAUGCCCAUAUAUUCACCAGAUAUGCCAAAAAGAUUGCCGAUAAAAGAUAUUUUUAGUGGACUUCUACGUAGUUUAGGAACUGCUGUAAGAUUUUGGCUCCAUUAUACUCUAGUUGCAGUUGCAUGGUUAGGAGUGGUGCCACUUACUGCUUGUCGAAUAUAUCGUUCUUUAUUUACUGGUUCUUUUAGUUCUAUUAUCAGCUUACCAGGUGAUCUGCUUUCUACAGAAAACGUGUUUUCUGACAGCCUGUAUGGAUGUUGUGUUGUCACAUGCUGUUUAUGUGCUUUUAUUAGUUUGGUGUGGCUGCGUGAACAGAUUUUACAUGGUGGUGGACCUGAGUGGCUAGAAAAUGAACAAGAAGCACUACAUAAUGCAGCUGAUCAGCCUGUAGAGUUCGCUAACAAUAAUCUUCAAGCGAAUGCACCGGCUAUCAAUCCGCCGGAUAACGAUGAAGAUGGUAACGAAGGAAAUAAUGGUGCUCAAGAUGUGAAUAACUGGAAUCCUAUUGAAUGGGAUCAUGCUGCUGAAGAACUUACUUGGGAAAGGCUUCUGGGAUUGGAUGGAUCACUAGUUUUCUUAGAACAUGUAUUUUGGGUUGUGUCACUAAAUACGCUUUUUAUAGUUGUUUUUGCGUUUUGUCCAUAUCACAUUGGGCAGUUCUCAAUAUCCUGUUUUGGAUUUAAAGAAUAUCUGAAUGCUCCUGAAUUUGAAGGCUUAUUAACGACUCUAUUUGGGUAUAUCAACAUAGGAAUAGCCUUAGCUUUGCUGCAUGGUGCUGCUGCUAUUAUCCGGUUAAAUAAAACAAGAAGAUUGCUUGGAAUAUGUUACGUUGUCAUCAAGGUGUCCCUUCUGUCUGUUAUUGAAAUAGGAAUUUUCCCACUUGUCUGUGGAUGGUGGUUAGAUAUAUGCUCUUUGACUAUGUUGGAUGCUACUAUUCAUGAUAGAGAAGCUGGCUUUAGACUUGCUCCUGGCACUUCCAUGUUUAUUCAUUGGCUUGCAGGCAUGGUUUACGUGUUUUACUUUGCAUCUUUUAUAUUAUUGCUCAGAGAAGUUUUACGACCUGGUGUUCUGUGGUUUUUAAAGAAUCUCAAUGAUCCUGAUUUUAAUCCCAUUCAAGAGAUGAUUCACUCUCCUAUUUUGAGACAUAUUCGAAGAGUGUUGGUCUCAUUAGUAACAUUUGGAACUACUAUUCUCCUUGUUGUUUGGCUUCCAGUUCAAAUUAUUGAAAAAAUGGCACCUGGAUUCCUUCCUUAUCACGUAGUAUUGUCAAGUGAGAUGCCAUAUAGUGAGCUAUCAUUAGAGUUAGUUCUGUUGCAAGUGGUAUUGCCUGCCCUUUUAGAACAAGGUCAUAUGAGGCAGUGGCUCAAAUUUUUUGUUCGCACCUGGUGCAUAGGAGUGUCUUAUAUUUUAGAUAUUAGAUCAUAUCUUUUAGGAGAUGUUGAGAUUGAGGAACAGCAACCUGAAGCUGCUGCGGUGGAUGCUCCAGCUCCUGCCGAGGGAGAUGCUCAAGAUGGAUUUCAAGGUGGAGCUUUGGCAGCUGCCCACCAGGCACUCUUCCAACCUGUCAGUCCUUCUGGCUUUCAACCAUACAAGAGACCUAGGUUUUUGCCAUUCAAGAUUAUUUGUUUGAUUAUGUUCAUAUGCAUUAGUUUAACAGUGGGAAGCUUAAUCAUGAUUACUGUGCCAGUGUACGUUGGAAGAAAACUGAUGUCAUUAUGGCUUGGUAGCACCAAAGUACAUGAAUUAUAUACUAUUGGGUGUGGACUUUAUGUAUGCUGGAUUAUUUUGCGUGUAUGCACACUACUGUGGAGCUGGAUCCCUAGGGGGUGGAACACCGUUUCUGCCAAACUAAAGGAAUGGAUUCUCAUAGCUGUAAAAAUGAUUUGUGCGAUGAGUGUGCUUCUGGGUUUUAUUCCAGUGUUGUUUGGACUCUUAUUAGAUCUUGUACUCACUGUUCCUGCUAGAGUAUCUCUUCACCACACUCCUUUAAUCUCACUUUGGCAGGAUUGGGCCAUAGGUGUGCUGCUCACUAAAACCUUCUGUGCGGUUGUACUUGUUGGACCCAAUUGGUGGAUUAAGAGAGUCAUCGAGCAGGUAUACCUCGGAGGUAUUCGUAAUAUCAACCUACGUUUAAUUUUCACCGAACUUGCUUUACCAGUUAUAAUGGUUUUGGGUCUCUCCCUUGCCUUGCCUUACAUAGCAGCAUGCAGUAUCAUUCCAAUGUUCACCUCCAGUUUUGAGCUUCAAAAUUUUGUUUACCGAAGGAUAUAUCCUGCAGUUUUAGCGCUUUGUCUUACUUUAGCUGGCAUAAUUUUUCAAGUGCGACAAUUUUUCCGGCUCUAUGAGCACAUUAAAAAUGACAAAUAUUUAGUAGGCAAAAGAUUGGUAAAUUAUGAACAUCGAAGACUUGCUAAUGUGGCUCCAACCCCAACAGAUAGCACAACAUCUAACUCUUGAAAUUAGAACUACUCCAUCUAAAUAUUUCAAUUCAAUUGAAGAUUGUGUCAAAACUGUGAUUUGCACUUUUCUGAAGAAAAAAAAAACAUCUCGUAGAGUUCACUCAGCCUCUGAUGUCAAAAUUCUGAGAGUAAAACUUGCAAUAUUGAUACAUGACACAAGUUUUAGUGCUAACUCCUUUAGCUUAAAGAAAAGUGUGUUGAAUAAAUAUGUAUAUCGGCAAUAUUUUAAGUUAUUUUUAUGAUAUUUAAGAAUGGUUGCUUUCAUUAUAUUCUUAUCUUUUAUUCAAAAUUUCUUCAAAAAUGUGAGAAUGAAUGAAGUCUCUUAUAAAGAAUAAAUUUCAUUUAACAAUUGGUGUUAAUAUUGUUUUUAAGCAAAUGCAACCACUAUAAUACGUGUAAAUAUGUUUUUGGUUAGGCUCUGUAUGUAUAUGUUUCAAUGAAAUCAUUUAUUUUAUUUCCUCAGUUGUAAAUGUUUGGUGUUAAUAUAUAUUAUAUUUCCCUUAUUGUGAACAAGAAUAAGCAAGUGACAUCAUGUAAAUGUCAUGAAAUGUGAUAAUUGAACUUUACUAUUCUCAAGCUGUUAUGCAUAGUAUAUGAGAAUUAUCUUUUUAUAAUUUU